AGCAACUACAUGCCGUGGAACGUGGAGCCACUUGGCGGAAAUUCUUGCAAGAGCAUAAUACCGUACGUGGUACGUUUUCCAUAUUCAAAUUUGCCCCACCUCGUCGUCAUGAGCCUCGUGAACAUUCGAUCGUCCGUCGUGGACGCCAAGCGCGACGGCAACCACACCGAGUACGCCAUCCGCAUCCAGACCCACGACGACGACAUCGUCGUGUACCGCCGGUACUCGGCCUUCGUCCAGCUGCAAAAGUACGUACACCGCCACCUCUUCGAAGGCCAAUGCUGCGGUGGCAAGUGCCUCCUGGAAUCGUUCCUCACCAACGUGUUUGAAACCGAGUUCCCGAACGCCAACUUCUUGACGAAAAACUCGGCCAAAGUCGUGCAAGAGCGCGUGUAUUUUUUGACCGACUUCCUGCAGCUCCUGCAGGACGCGUUAGCCAAAUGCCCGCCGCGCAUCAUUCAGCGCUGCGAAGGCGAAGGAUGCAAAGUGUCCAAGUUGCUCAAGAGCUUUUUGGGAAUUGUCUCGCCCAACCCAGCCCACGUCUAGUAAACGCGACUCGACUGACUUUCGUAGCCCCAGGUGUGGGAGCCCGGGAUUCAACGAGACUUGACAACCGCCAUCCACAAACAAAUCCAUGUCCCAAGGACAUAUGGACGUGGUGGAUUAUCUGUACGCUGUGGCCGUCGUCUUAUUUAAUAGCAACACACAUCCUAACGUCCA